ACUUAACACGCCCAUGUGAACUUCUCCAGGUGCUGCCAUCGACUACAAGUCUUAUAACAAGUUGCCAACCGUAAUAUUUGUGCACGUCUACCUUCCUUGAAUGCAGCGUGUGAGUGUGUGCACAGUGUGACAGAGUUAUGGCAUCCGAGGCAGUUUACACGCACAGAGAUCCGAUGCUGAAGAAGAGAGAUGACUUUGAGGACAUUUUAGAGGAAAGGAGGAACUCCAGCGACCUGAGAUACGCCCUCAGAUGUUACACUCCUGUUCUUUACAAAGGAUUGACUCCCAGCAAAGCCAGCGAGCUGAAGAGCAUGGUGCUGCAGUCUGAUCAGCUGCAUUAUGUCAUCAAUCAGGUUUCUAUAGAGACGGGCAUGGCUGCAGAUGAAGUCCAGGCGGAGGCAGCAGCCAUCUUGGAGGAGAUGGCUCACCGCCUGCAGAUCAGCACGGUUCGCUUCUUCGCCUUCACUCUCAGCAAAGUCUUUAAAACCUUGUUCAGGAGCAUCUGUGUCAAUGAAGAGGGCAUCCAGAGACUCCAGCAGGCCAUUCAUGAGCACCCGGUCGUUCUCUUGCCGAGUCACCGCAGCUACAUGGACUUCCUGCUGAUGUCAUACAUCCUGUACACCUACGAUCUGGCUCUACCUGUCAUUGCUGCUGGCAUGGACUUCAUGUCAAUGAAGUUUGUUGGGGAGAUGCUGCGAAUGUCUGGAGCUUUCUUUAUCAGGAGGUCAUUUGGUGGAGACAAACUGUACUGGGCUGUGUUCUCUGAGUACGUCAAGACCAUUCUCAAGAAUGGAUUCGCACCGGUCGAAUUUUUCCUAGAGGGAACCAGAAGCCGAACAUGCAAGUCUUUGACUCCAAAGUUAGGUCUGCUGAACAUAGUGAUGGAUCCAUACCUUAAAGGCGAAGUGUUUGAUGUUAGCGUCGUCCCCGUCAGUAUCAGCUAUGAGAGGAUCCUGGAGGAGGCGCUCUAUGCCAGAGAAAUGCUGGGCGUACCAAAGCCCAAAGAGUCCACUUCGGGUCUGUUUAAAGCCAGAAAGGUCCUCAGUGAAGACUACGGCAGUAUCCAUGUGUACUUUGGUCAACCUGUGUCUGUCAGAAGUCUAGCUCAGAACAGAGUGAACCGCAGCCAGUUCAACCUGACACCGAGACACAUCCCCAGGAAGCCCGGUGAGGACAUCCACAGCUUCGUGAACGACUCGGCCUACAGGCUGGUGCGGGCCCAGGAGGAGAACAUGGUCCUGAAACCCUGGGUUCUUCUGGCCACUCUGUUGCUCCAGAACCACCACCAGAGCCAGGCGGCGGGGCAGAAGCAGGGGAUGGCAGUGGACGAGCUGACUGAACAAGCAGUGUGGCUCAGGGACGUCUCCCGGCAGUAUGGAGCCUUCCUCCACUGGCCUGACCACACAUCUCCUUCUGAGGUUGUUUCCUCCAGUCUGUCUCUUCAUCGAGGUCUAGUGAGGAUCUCUGAGGGAAGAGUCCGACUGGCACUGGAACAAGCAGGAGGACCGGCUGGGGGAAGGGAUCCUCGCAGUGCUGCUAGCCCAGAGGAGGAGCUCUUGAACCAGGCUGUCAUCAUACUUUCCUGCGCCUCUUACAGAAAUCAGGCUCUGCACGUCUUCAUCCGACCGGCGCUGCUCGCCUCAGCCAUACACUCUGCCUCCUCCAACAACAAACAGGAGGUCUACAACAGCUUCAGCUUUCUGAGAAACAUGUUUUCCAAUGAGUUCAUCCUCUGCCCUGGAGCUACUGUGCAGGACUUCGAGGAGGCCUGUUACCUGCUGGUGAAGACCGGAGCUCUGCAGAUCAACCAGCAGGAGUUUGUUGUAACAGAGAGAGGACACAGAACUCUGGCCUUCCUCACCAGCGUGCUAGAUCCCUUUUUACAAGGAUACCAGGUGGUGUGUCGGUUCCUGUGUGAAGAGGCGACAGAGGGUCUGACAGAAAAGCAGUUCGUUCCUGCUGUCCGGAAGUUCAUCAUCAAACACCUUCUAACAGGUAGACUGAGGUACGCUGAGGUGUUGUCGUCAGACCUCCAGAAGAACACUCUGGCAGCUUUGCUGAGACUUGGAGCUGUGCGGAAACUCAAAGGAGGAGAGGAGCAGGGGACUUUAAAGGUCAACAAGGUGAUGGUGAACUCAUUGGAAGACACUCUAGGAGGAAAACUGCCCACUCAGAAAGCUGUCGUCGCUCGCCUCUAAUUCACCGACCUCAUUAGCCGAAGGGGGCCGAGCGUGGUCAGCGCCGUGUGCCGACGUCGCUCCUCUCUUCGCGGUACUGCCCGGCUCGCCACAAAGACGGGCCAACCGAGCGGCUUUUCUAUGAGAGAUGGAACAAAAGAGUUGCCAUCUGGAGACAACUCAACCCCUUUUAUUGAGGUUUUCUUUAAUUUGGCUGUCUCUUCUCCUCACCACUCUUUUCAAAAGGCGUUUUUGUCUUUCUCAGACUCUUCUCUUAAAAACCUUUUUAUAAACCUACAUUAAAGCAGAUAAUGAGUGAAGCCUUUGAAGGUAUAUUGCUAAGCUCCUUUGGCUCAUUCUGAAUUACUGACCUUUUGCUAUGAGCUGCCUUGUGAAAGCCUCUGAAUGUGCCAACUCCGCUCAGAGCAGGGGCCAUUUUCCAUUAAUGCAUUUGAUAUGUAUCCUCUAACACUCAGCGUGGCUUUUGUUUGUGUCCUUCUCAGUCUUCCCUUUUAUCUGAGCUUCAUUUUUUGUCUCCGUUUGUCGUUAGUCUGUCUUGUCUUUUUUUGAGCACUUUAAUGAAUUUAUUUAUGCAAAGAGGUGUGGACCUGUAUCUUAACUCUCUGCUGUUUUUCUCAUUUUGCUUUCACAAAUUUGGGUGGUUUCAUAUUUUAACUUUCGGUGAAAAUUGAUUGUGCACUGUAUAAGGUAAAGAGUUUCUAUGUUUGACUUGAACUUGCCACAGACCCAAGAAUAGCUUAAACCAGGUGCCACUGUUGGAUUUAAACCACCCUCAGGCGUUUUGCCAACACUCUGAGGUACACGGACAGGCAGUGCAUUUGUUUACACAGUGGAGAUAUUGCUACGAGUCUGUUGUCAGUGUCAUUAAGUUGCCAAACUCCAUACAAAAUUGGAAUUACACUGAAGCACUACCAGCGAUGCCAAAGGAACACAUUUUUGGGAUAAUUUAUCAUGUUCUCAAGUUUAGAAUAGUUACUGAAGUUGCUAUAGACUGUAAGUUACUGCGUUUUUAAAGUCCAAAAAUACUGCAAAGAUUUAAUAUUCUGCCUUUAUUUAUAUGGAUGAAAAUGGUUCACACUUGAUAGAAUUUUGUUACAAAGAAAGGGCAAAAUAAGGGAAAAUGGCAAAAUGAAAAUUCAGACAUAUAAUGAAUGCUGAUAAACUGUCACUGAAGCAGAGGAGUGUGUUUGUCAAAGGAACCAUGCCAACAGAUAAUUUUAAGACUCAGGAUUAUACACUUUGCUAAUAUAGUGAUGAAAAGUGUUUUGUUUUUUUGGUUUUUUUUGCUAAUCAAAGUUUCCAAAUUCAAACUAGUUUAGCUAAAAAACCCUUAUAAUAAAGUUAUUUAUUUGAUAAAGCCUCUCUGCACUCCUGUUACCCUGAAAUCCCAACCCAGUGUCAGCAGUAGAUUGAGGCUGUACUGAAACAUUCACGCUGCUUUGCAGGCAAAGAAUAAAAAAAAAUAAAAAAUUACUGGUUGAGUUAAACCUUGAGGCAAAACGAGGCCAAACAAGCACAGGUUCUCUGGCUAAGUCACCUCAGACCAAGCGUUUGGUGAGCUUUGAUGAGAUACCGUCAUUUUUGCUACAGACAGGCACUCAAUUUUGGUUCUAGGAUUCAUUUUUAUUCGAACAUAACAAACAGAAUUAUUAAUGCCCAUUUCUUAAACUUGCUAACUUUAAACCUUGUGCAGGAAAGUUAGUUUUCAACUCAGAAGGAGUGUGUUGCAGUAAUUUCAUACACUGAUUGUCCUUCAACUGUAAUAUUAAACUGAUUUGCUGGGACAGCAUCUGUGGGGGUUUUUUUGAUUGUUUUUUUUGACUGAUCCCAAAUGUUCAUGUCAAAUAUCACUGAAUCAAAUUAAGUAAAGUAGCUACUUUAUGUUUGAUGCUCCUUCUUAUUAUUGUCUUAACAUGGACUGUAUAUAAAAGAUGGAAGUAGCCACUGUAACCACACUCCCUGGUGAAUCUAACCCAUUUUGAAGCCUUGAGCUUAUUUGGCCAUCAGCACCUUGGUGUUAUGAAACCAGGUGCAACUCAAUCCCACUUAUAGAACUCGAGGACUCAACACAUGCUGAUACAGUAGCGAUCGGUCAAUCACAAGGGCAGCCCCGCCCUUAGAUAAUCCCCUGCUUCAUCGUCAACUUUACUCUAAAUGUUACUAUAAUUUACAAAAUGAAGGUCAUGUUAUAUUGAAAAAGUCUUGAAAAUGGCAAUUUUGACCAUAAACACAGAAGGAAAAGGUUUACUGAAGUAACAUAUCAAGUGAGAAGUAGGUUGGUUUUCUGAUCCAAUUUUCUAUACAGUCAGACUUCUGUUUGUAACCUGAACAGUUGCCCCCUGCUGGCUGUUAGAAAAAAAAUGCAGGUUUAAUGUCCUUGAAAUUGGUACAACUAAGGAGUGAAAGAUGCUCUGCAGGUGACAGUGCUAACCACGACACCACUGUAAUUUACCUUCCAUUUUAAAACUAGCCUAACUAGUCCUCUGAUUUCCGUUAUUCUCAUUUACCAGAUGCUGAACUUGUAAACGUUCUGCUAUUGAGGUUAACUCAACCACUAGCAAAGCAGCUCUGCAACAAAGAAAUGUUUGUAGAACAACAAUCUGCAAGUCAACACUUCAUCCAAAGUCUACAGUGUGCUAUAUUUGUGUUGUUUUUUAAAAAAAAAAUGUGUGUUUCCCACAAUCAUUAAUGACUUUUAUACAAAUGUUCCAACAAUUGGUUCAUGUGUGUGUGUGUGUUUAUUUACCUAUGCUUUCGUGUGAUUCCUUGUGGUACUGAAUGUACUAGCUGGUGAAUUACAAAAGCAUGUCAAUAAAGCGUUUUGAAAUAUAA